AUUAGAUUUGGGCGUAUCCUGCGGUCUUUUUGUGAGUACCCUCUCCUUCCUCUCGGUUCCCGGGCCCUCCUCAACAAAAACGACUAAAGAGGAUCACUUUAGCCUCAGAGAGUCCCAGGAUGAUAGGGGGUGUAUUUGUAUACAAUCACAAAGGAGAAGUCCUCAUAUCCCGAGUCUUCAGAGACUCGGUCACUCGGGCGACUAUAGAUGCUUUUCGUGUGAGCGUAAUCCAUGCUAGACACGCCGUGAGGUCUCCUGUAUCAAACAUAGCGAGAACCAGUUAUUGUCAUGUUAAGAAAGGAGCCGUUUGGGUCGUUGCUUGUACGCAACAGAACGUCAAUGCUGCUCUCGUGUUUGAGUUCCUUCAUAAGAUGAUUGAUCUCUUCUCGUCUUAUUUCGGAGACAUCACCGAGGAGAAUGUAAAGAAUAAUUUCGUAUUAAUUUACGAACUUCUAGACGAAAUAUUAGAUUUUGGUUAUCCCCAAAAGACAGACAGUGGCAUCCUCAAGACAUACAUUACACAGCAGGGAAUACGAUCAACAGUAGGUCUACAUGUAACAUGUAACAUGCGUACAUGUACAUGUACAUGUACAUGUAUGUACAUGUACUGUAAAUUUGGUUUAUUUUAUAGAUCAAACUCUUUCUUUGUUGAUGAAUUCGAAAUUAUUUCUUUGUUGUCAAAUAUUCCAGGUCAGGUCCUCUCUGCUCAUGUGUCCGGUCGUGUUGUAAUGAAGAGUUUCCUUAGCGGAAUGCCCGAGUGCAAGUUUGGCAUGAAUGAUAAGCUCCUCAUAGAUAGACAGGCCAAGCCAUCAACACCAGAAGCUCAAUCACUGGAACAGCAACUUGCUAAGAGGUCUGGACACAAUCCAAAGUCAGGUGUUGCCAUUGAUGACUGUACAUUCCACCAGUGUGUCAAACUGAGUAAAUUUGAAAGUGAAAGGAGCAUCAGUUUCAUACCACCAGAUGGGGAAUUUGAACUAAUGAGAUAUCGGACUACCAACGAUAUCACGUUACCAUUCAGAGUGAUCCCUCUGGUGAGGGAAGCCUCUAGGCAACACAUGGAGAUAAAGGUGGUCCUUAAGAGUCUGUUCAAACCCACACUGAACGCCCAACAUGUUGAGGUUAAGAUACCCACCCCUCCAAAUACAGCUGGUGUCAAGCUCAUUUCUCUGAAAGGCAGACCACGCUACAAGUCAGGAGAGAAUGCCAUAGUUUGGAAGAUUAGAAGAUUCCCUGGCAUGAAGGAGACACAGCUCACUGCUGAUGUUGAGCUCUUGCCAUCAUCAACCACCGAAAGCUCAAAAAGCAAACAGCAGACACGCCCACCAAUCUCAAUGAACUUUGAAGUUCCCUUUGCUUGCUCAGGCCUAAAGGUCCGUUAUCUCAAAGUGUUUGAGCCGAAAUUGAAUUACAGCGAUCACGAUGUUGUGAAGUGGGUCCGCUACCUGAGCAAGAGUGGUCUUUAUGAGACAAGGACCCAGUCUAACUACUAGUAGGAGACUGGGACUGGUUGAUGAUCCUUUUUAACAUUAGUAGCUCUGCCACAUUAUUAUUAUUAUUAUUAUUAUUAUUAUUAUUAUUAUUAUUAUUAUUUUAUGACAGACUCUUCUUUAUUUAGUUAAUGCGUAUUUUCAGACUAGAUCUAUUAUUAUUAUUAUUAUUAUUAUUAUUAUUAUUAUUAUUAUGCAAAAUGGUGUUUUUCCUCUCUCUCUCUUCUCUUCAUUUUUGUUAUGCCGUCCUCUCCUGGUGUUUGUUGUGACUAUUAAUUAUAAUAUUAUUCUGCUGUUACAAAUUAUUAGAUAACUCUGUAUAACCUUUAACCUUUAGCUACCAAAAACAUUUUCUGACUAAUCCAA